CCGAGUCGGCAUGAUGGCAUCUACUUUCCUACCAAUGCAUAAUCGCUUGGACUGCCGCUUUCAGUCAUGUCUUCUUCCCGAAUUAUUUCUCGAAUCAGUCUGCGUAACUUGAAGCCGCUACGAUCCUCUCAGCACAAUGUAUGCUCUCUCAUUUCCAAAGAAGUUUUCUCUCAUACACGUGCUCCCAGCAAAAACGCGUGGGAAGAGGUCAAGGUUCAGGAUAUGGUGGAACAGCCAGUCGUGGCAUGAACGGUCAAAAGUCUCGGGCUGGGCCUGGUCCGCACUCCAGCUUCGAGGGUGGUCAAACACCCAUCACGAAACUGUUCCCGAAACGAGGCUUUGUCAACCGCAAUGACCGGCAAUGGGCUCCAUUGAACCUCGACAGGUUACAGCAUUGGAUUAGCGAAGGCCGCAUUGAAUCUUCGCCUGAAUCUCCUAUUACCGCCCGCGAGCUCCUCUUGAGUGGUUGCGUGCAUGACGUUCAUGACGGUAUCAAGUUGUUGGGAGAUGGUGCACAAUUUUUCAAGACGCCGAUUUACAUCACACCCUCCCGUGCUUCCAAAAGCGCAAUAACGGCCAUAGAAUCCAAUGGCGGGAAAGUGGUUUGCAAGUACUACAACCCGCUUGCGCUACGUGAUUGUGUGAAAGGGAGAACCGAUCGAAUUGAGGCAGCUCCUACCCGCCGAACCGACAUUGUUUGGUAUAGUCGGCUGCGAAACCGAGGCUAUCUUUCUCCUGGGACAUUACGCAAGGUCGGGCCGUUGCCUUUUGUUCCAGAGCGAUGGACAAUGCUCGCGAAUGAACUAGGCAAGUGGAGAGAUGAGGACUUUUCCACGAAAAAGGGCAAGAAAGGCAAAAAGGCCAAGCACAAUCGGUAGUGCACAGUAUAAUAUACAUGCUCUCGUGAAUCAUUUAACCUCGUCGGCGUUCAUCUUUGUCGCGCCGCGGAGGAGAUCGUGACCGGCGAAAGCGUUCACGAUCACGACUAUGUGACCGUCGUUUCGAACUAGAUUUGGGCAUAUCGAAGACGAGAUUGUAGCCACCGCGACCUCUAUCGUCCCGGUCCUCGUUCCGGUAUUUCUGUGUGCGUUCCAGAUCAUCUCUACCGGCAAAGCCUCCACGAGUUUGGCCUCGAGGAGCACGUUUGAUAUUGUUGGACCAUGAAGUGUUGGUUCGUGCGACAGAUUG